UGACAAUUGAUGAAAUCAGCUUCACGGAAAUGAUGUCAGGGCAUUAUUAUUUAAUAACCAUGGGUGAGAUAAGACAGCAUUUGUCCACCUCAUCUCAACGUUCCGUCAUUGUUUAGAGAACGAGCGAAGGUGAGUCCCAGAGAAAGCACCUGUGCUAUAAAAUCGUAGUGUUUGGGGAAGGAAUGAACAGGCUUUGCGGGUGCAAAGCAAGCUGCUGCUGGUCUUGAUAGCAGGUGGUCGAGCCCAAAACCAGUUGUUUGGCCCGUUUUCGGUGCUGUCUUUCUUUGGGCGGCAGAGUAGAAUUGAAACAUCACAUCAGAAGUUGUGGCGGCACCUUAUCAUCCGCACAACUUCGUGUCAAGCCUUGCUUUCAUCGAACCAGCAGUUUAUAUCCAAAACUUGAGAGAGAGCAUUCAGGCGGAACUGACACAAACGAACUCCAGAGUUCUGUCCACAAUCCUUUAAAAGGCACCAUUGCAUUCCAUUAUCAACCCCCAACAGAGAGAAACACCAUGACGACUGUUUAUCAAACCGAAGAUCUGAAUGUGUUUGGGCACGACAAACGAGGUGGCGACAGCGACGGUGGCACCUCCCCUACUCCCGCCUCUAUCGUGUCGCUCGCAAGCGAGAUGUUCGGCAACGCUCCUGGUUUGGUAACUGACCCAGAGCAAUACGUUCCCAUGUCCAUGUCAGAUCUCUUCGAAGGAGCCUUGGGCGACGAUGAGAUCCCUUCCUUGCUGAACUUUACGCCGUCCUCGACCCCUGACGAGGGGGAUUCAGAAGAGGCUUUGCAGCUUAUCAGCGACGCGCCCAUUCCCCAAGAGCGAACGCAGGUUUCCCCUGUCGAGAUCACACCCGCAACUGCUCCCAGGACAAAUUUCGUUCCAAUAUCCCCGGCCCCAGCUUUGCCUGAGCUGGCCCCAGCUCCUGCGAAACAGAGUGUAAAGCGGGUAUCGGUGUCUCUCCCCGCCACCAACGUCCCCCUGCAGAAGAAAAUCAAGAUUGCGGCCAAAGUCUGUUCCAGCGGUACCGCGGCGUAUCGUCCUACCACGGCACAAGUGCUUCAGACGAUUCAACCCAUGACAGCGUUGCCGUCAAGUGCAGCCGUAAACGGCACCCGCCCCGCCCCCAAUGGUGUCAACACCAGUACAGCCCACGUUCGAGCCCUCACAGGUACCAACGGGGCGGCAGUUUGUUUGGACGCCAUUGAAAAAGCCCUCCAAGAGAGUGGAACCAUGAUCAAGCCAGACUGCGCCUCUUCCAAUUCGAGUGCCGAUGGAAAAGACAUGAGUACGGAGGAAAAGGCCCGUCAAAGUCGCGACCGAAACCGUCAGCAUGCCAGAAACACUCGCGUCCGCAAAAAGGCAUACGUCGAAGAGCUCAAGAGAACCUUGAACCAGUUGGUCGAUGAGCGAGACGGUAUCCUGCACCAACGACGCUUGGAACAGCAAGGUCUGAUGGAGCAGAAGAACGUUCGUUUUCGUGUCAUUGAAGACUUUUUGAAUUUGCGUGGGCGCAACGAACCAGACCCCAAUCGCUGGGGUCUCAUUCUAGAAGAAGGAUUCUGCUUUCGUCUUCCUCGAGCGGAUAUUCCUGGUGUAUCAUGCUCCUCGGGAGGUGGCAGCGAGGCUCAAUCUUGCCAUCCCUAUCCCUUGGGAACCAGCAAAAAGAUCCUUACAGGUGUGAAACCUGUCAUGGAGGAUGCAAGCAUGGUUACAAGCCUGCUCCAAUCGUUGGGAGCGUCCCUUCUGUCAGUGUCCUACCAAUGCCAUCGUGAUUCCUUCAUGAUGGAAAACACGUGUGCUGUGUUGACCUGGACAGCCACCUCGUCUGGGGCAGUCACUAAGGGAGCGGCCUCCGAGUUCACGAUCGAUGGAAAUAUCCGAGCUGAAUUCAACCCCAUUUCCAACAAACUAGUCUCCAUGGAGUUCAGUUUUUAAGUCUUUCACCCGCGUCAAUCUCACCACAACUGAAGACAUUCUGAAGAACAUCAUGAAACUAUCAAGCGUCAGCAACCACGUCCCUUCGUUUCAUCAUCAUCCUGAAGACCAGCCACACGCCAAAAGCGCCCCAUCAACAGUGUAAAUAUCACUCCGACCCAUUUCCGUGUCACACACACACACAAGUCAAAACACCCGAGCCUCGCUUCAAUCAUAGUUAAUUUGUUCACCCUUGACUUCCCACAGACCGACCGACCUGUACAUUUUCAUCCGGCAAUCAAGCUGUACAAAUCUCACAUCGGAAUCCUCACCUGAAAAAGAAGAUCUCCUUCACUGUCCAUACACCCACACACAUGCACUUCCCUUACUGUCCCCGUACAUGUUUCGUAUAUGCUUUCAUCCUCUUCCACAUCACCUGAGCUUUGUUACCAUCAAGAACAAUUCAGCCACAAAGCUCAGGAUACAGCUUAGCCAAGACAAAACCUCCUAGCUAGAGAAUCCAAUCAUCCAUGAUUUUUUACUUUGCCUCUGAAGCACUUUCACGUCGAGUGACAACCAUCCCAGCCAUGCCAUUUCCUAAUUAUUAGUAGUGAUUAUUCGUCAACUAUC